AUGCCCGAAGCCGAGGGCGGCACUGCGUGUUACCUUGCACGACGCAACGAGGGCCUACAAGAUGAGCUUGCUGUUCUUGAUUUCUCCCUCGGAUCAAAUCUUGUUCAUGCUUCUAAUUCUUCACCCCAAGUGCCAUCCAUCUUGUCUGAACAAUCAACGAUGUACCGCACUACUCCAUGGUAUCACCAGCCUCGACCAGACAACACCCGCGCCUGGCCCAACUUUGGCAACAAUAACGUCGCCGGCAACAGAGUCAACAUCAACAACUAUGGCCCUGCUCCCCAGAUACCGUUCGUCGGCCCGGGCCCUCGGCUUUUCGACUUCAGCCAGCUCUUCAGCGUCACAAACAACUUCGCAGCCGCCACGCCCGUCCGACCCGGCGGCGGACAGGCGGCCCAGCCCACCGACCGCCUCCGCAACCGCGUCACCGUCGCCCUCCCCGACGGCUCCCGGGUCCUCGUCGACCGUGACGUCCUCCACGAGCACCUCCCGCGUACGCGUAACCUCAUGCAGGACGGCUACUUUGGCGUGCCCGAGUUCCUCCGCGGCUACGAGCACGGCAUCAUGGACAACGUCCUCGACCAGCGCGGCUUCGACGAGGCCUUCUCCCGCGCCGCCACCCUUGUCUUCCGUCACCUCGAGGACCUGAGCCGGUCCCAGGCCUCGGCGGCGAACCGGGCAGGCCGCGACGCCUUCGACCUCUUUGCCCGCCCGCGCUUCCUGCUCGCCAACGCGCGCGACCGCGCCGCCACCGUCCACGAGAUCUUCUGGCACGUCUUCGUCCUCUGCUGCGUCCUCGACCAGGACCGCGCGCUCGGCUGCUCCGAGGCGCUGGCGCGGCCCGUCGCCGCGUUCCUCGUCGAGCUCAUGCCGAGCGUCGAGGCCUUCCUGCCGCCGCGGGCCAUGCAGAUGCUGUUCCUGGGGUUCGCGCGCAUCUUCCGCGAGACCAGGUUCGAGCUGGCGCUCCUCCAGGAAAUGUGGGAGCUGAUGGACGUCGUGAACCAGCGCGCGAUGAGGGACCUGAUAGGGCCCCAGCUGGCGGCGAACGGGGCGGGCAGCAACGCGCAGCGGAUCUGGACCGCCUUGAGGCAUUUGGGGUUGGUGUAGAAUCCCGAAUCGUGUUUGUUGCAGGGUGUACGGGACGGGCUCCUACUUGGUUUCGCAUCCAUGGUUCCAUCUUUUAUGUUAUGUAUGCUCAUUGUAUGCUGAUCCCGCCUCUGAAAAGUUUCUUUUCCUAUGGCGUGUUGAUGGGUUUUAUUAGCAAUCUUUUGCACCAGUUGUUCGUGACUCAAACUUUGCUU